AAAACUGUACGCCGUAAAAAAAGUGGCAGACCAGUGACCAUUGAAAUGGAAAAAUUAAUUCAUGAUUAUGUAAAUUAUGUUAGAACAACAGGACUUGCCGGUCUACGACGAGAAUUUGAAGAGCUAAAAAUGUAUGUACCACCAAAUAAUACAUAUCAGGCAUUUACAGCGAAUUCAUCUAAAAAUCGAUAUCGUGAUGUACCUUGUCUAGAUGUUACACGAGUUGUUUUAACACUAAAUGUUCCACCUGAAACUGAUUAUAUACAUGCAAAUUGGUUGAAAAUGGAAGGUGGUGAUCAUCAAUAUAUUGCUACACAGGGUCCACUCGAAUCAACUGCAAGCGAUUUUUGGCGUAUGGUACAUCAAGAACAAAUUACAACAAUUAUAAUGUUAUGUAAGACAAUUGAAGAUGGCAAACCAAAAUGUUUCCAAUAUUGGCCUGCAGAAAAUGGUGAAAAUAAAACUUAUGGUUGUAUGUUUGUCAUGAAUAAACGGUCUGAACAUGAGGAUAAAUUUGACACCUAUCUUUUGGAAGUGCUACCAGAAGGUUGUUCAAAUUCAACUAUCGUAAAACUUAUACAUAUGAUGGAUUGGCCUGAUCGUGGUGUACCACAAAGUGGAAUGUCCAUAUUAAGGCUAAUUCGAAUGAUGCCUACUAAUUCUACCACCAUAAUUCAUUGCUCUGCUGGUAUUGGCCGUACCGGUACUGUGGUAGCAAUUGAUACAUUAUUAUCACGUCUCUGGAAAAAUCAACCAUUAAAUGUAUCACAAGUUGUUAAAGAAAUGAGAGGACAGCGUGCAUCAAGCGUACAAAAUGAAGCACAAUAUGUGUUCAUUUAUACUACUGUACUCGAUUAUAUUAAAGCAAAAUUACCAUUGAAAUAUCGUGAAUUUGUUAUUUCAUUUCAUGCAGAAGUGAAGAAGGCAAAUAUGAUCUGA